AUGGGAAUUUUUGAUGGAUUGCCUGUGUCUCCAGACAAGGAACACUUGAGGGAAGAGAUUGCAAAUAUAGAUGAGAGCUGGGCUGCUGCUCGUUUUGAUUCAUUACCUCAUGUUGUCCAUAUUUUGACGUCCAAAGAUCGUGAAGCUGAAGUCCAGUUUUUAAAGGAGCAAAGUGAUGUUGUUGAGGAGGUUGUGGAUGAAGUUGUGCAUAACUAUCACAGUGACUUCAACAAAGCAAUUCAAAAUUAUUCUCAGGUUGAUUUGGCUGAAGCAAAGAAGCGUCUUAGUGCACGCAAUAAACAACUGCAUCAGUUAUGGUACCGGUCGGUUACAUUGCGUCACAUAAUCUCCCUCUUAGAUCAAAUUGAGGGCAUAGCUAAGGUUCCCGCUCGGAUAGAGAAGCUGAUUGAUGAAAAGCAGUAUUAUGCUGCAGUUCAAUUUCAUGUUCAAUCAAUGUUGAUGCUUGAAAGGGGGGGGCUUCAAACGGUUGGUGCCCUUCAAGAUGUUCGCUCUGAGUUGACAAAGUUGCGAGGAGUUCUGUUUUAUAAAGUGCUAGAGGAUUUGCAUGCUCAUCUUUACAACAAGGGUGAAUAUAGUUCGUCUUUUGAUGGCCCUGAUGAGGAGGGCACUCUGGAACUUCAUGACGAAGCUACCUCAGAUGGGCAUAGGGUCAAUGGUGAUGUCAAAAUUGUGCCUCGUGAGAUGCCAACAUGGCUUCAGUACUCCACCCCGGACGAAUUUCUUGAAGCAAUAAAGAAAAGUGAUGCUCCACUUCAUGUCAAGUAUCUGCAGACCAUGGUUGAGUGCCUUUGCAUGCUUAGAAAAGUUGCAGCUGCUGGAGCUAUAAUAUGCCAAAGAUUGCGACCUACAAUUCAUGAGAUUAUCACAUCCAAGAUUAAAACUCAUGCAGAGCUUGUUAAUUCUUCGAGAUCUGGCAUUGGGCAGGCUGCGCGACCUGCAAGUGCUGGUCUACGUUUCAUGAAGGGACAGUUACAAAGUUAUCAGUUGCCAAAGCAGAAGCGUCAGAAUGGGAUAUCAUUGUCUGGAACUCUUUUGGCGGUAAGCCCUGUCUCACCUGUGAUGGCUCCUGCAGGGAAAGCACAGGCCGCGGCUAAAGAACUUCUUGAUUCGAUUUUAGAUGCUGUUGUUCGGAUAUUUGAGAACCAUGUUGUUGUUGGGGAGCUUUUGGAAUCAAAGUCUUCUGUUCAAACGGACAUGAGCACACCAAAAUCAAUGCCAACAGAUGUAAAUUGGAAUCCCGAUUUGGAAGCAUCUCAAGUUACUGGAGGCUACAGCAUUGGUUUUUCCUUGACAGUAUUACAGAGUGAAUGUCAACAACUUAUUUGUGAAAUCAUGCGGGCAACUCCUGAAGCUGCAUCUGCCGAUGCUGCUGUACAAACUGCUAGACUUGCAAACAAGGUCCCUUCCAAAGACAAGAGGCAAAACAUUGAAAGUGAUAACAUGGUGGGGAAUGUGUUCAUUAUAACCAACUGA